AUGCUGCUGCUAUUACCAACGGAUUUUAUUACUGGCUUUUUUGUCGGAACAAUACUACUGAACCUAGUAUUCUACGUUGCCUGGCACAGCGGAAUGUUCAAUAAUGAAAAGCAACUAUCCUGGGUGCUCACAACCACAAGCUGUAUACUGUUAACCGCAUGUGCAACACCCUAUUUUAUUCCGAUAUUUCUUGGCGGCCUCGACAUCAGCAUUAUAAUCCAAAGCGACCCAUUUUCACUUGGUCUUCUAGGAUUCUUUGUCUCAUAUCUAUUCUAUGACCUCCUCCUAGGGAUUCUCUAUUACCAAUCAUCAAUAACACUGGUAAACGGGUACAUCCACCACACACUUUACGUUGCAAUUGCCAUAUUUUUGGCUAUAAAUGGGGCGGCUGGUAUAUUUUGCAUGUUCUUUUAUAACGAAAUUCCAACAAUAAUUCUUGCAUUGGGCAGUAUCAGGAAGGAGUGGCGGAGCGAUAUCUGGUUUGUAGUGGUCUUUUUUGUCACCAGGAUUGUGCUGCAUGUGGCGUUGGGCUGCAAGUUUUAUUUGUAUUCUGAACAAAGGUUUGUGUGGAAGAUAAUAUUGGUUGUGUUUCCCAUGCACAUGUACUGGUUCUACGGCAUGUUGAGCCAGUAUGUGAAAAAUAAGCGGGCUGGUGGUUUAUAA